CCUCAAAUACUCCCAAAUUCAAAGAUCAAGACUUCAGAGUUCGUCCCCCUUUCAAAUUCCCAAACCCUAACGUCUCUCUUUUUCUCUCAAUUCCACCUCACAAACCCCAAUUUCCCCUAACUAACUACAAUUCCCGCGCUUCCAAACCCUAAUUCCCAAUCGGCGACGCUCAAUUUUCCGAUUCCGGUGGCCUUAAUGGACUUAGACGUCGACGUUUCGCGGUGGGUCCUCGAGCUCCUCCUCCGCGACCGCGACAAGGAGAGCGUCGCCAAGCGAGUACUCGCCGCCGUGCCGCUCUCGAACCAGGACUGGCGGUUGAAGAAGACCGUCCUUCUCCGAACGAUCGAGUCCGAAGUCUUGGACGAGGCUUCGGUCACCGAAGCUAUACUAGAGUCCUUGGAGUCGAUCGAGGCUUUGGACCGCGGCCAAGGGAUUCCGGUCACGGACUCCAUGAGAGCGGCGUACUGCGCCGUGGCGACGGAGUGCACGGUGAAGUUUUUGGUUUGCUUUGGAGGGAAGCCGAGCGGGAAGUACAUGGAGGCGGUUGAUCGGAUUUGGAGAGGUAGGGUUAGGGUUUUGGAGGAGUCUGAGGGUUGCGAGCUGGUCUCGGGUGAGUUGAGGGAGAGAAGAGAUGAGGUGGAGGCUGGGAUUUGGGAUGUGAAGGUUUCGAAGAAGCUGGCGAGCAUGAAUAGUAGAAAUGAUGCGUUGAGAUUGGUUGCGGCGUAUGUGAAGGAAGCAUUGGCGAUGCUGGGUCCUCCGUUUAUUGCUUGGGCUGUUAGGUUUAAUAUGCAGAAGGGAAGUUUAGGGAUGGAAGGUGAUGAGGUUGCAGUGGAGAAUGAUGGUAAUGUGGGUGAUGGGUGUGAAGUGCAGGUUCGAAUGGCGAAUGGGGCUGAAUUGGAGGUGCAAACGGCAAAUGGGGCUGAUUUGGAGGUGCAAAGGGCGAAUGGGGUUGAGUUGGGUGAUGGCUCCAAAUUGGAGGUGAGUGGGGCUAAUGUGCGUGAUGCAUCUGAAUUGGAAGCGCAGAGAGGGGCAAAUGUCAAUUCUGGGUCUGAACAGGCGCAAAGGGCGAAUGGGGUUACUGUUAAUUCUGGGUCUGAACAAGAGGCACAAAGGGCUAAUGUCAAUUCUGGGUCUGAAUUGGAGGCACAAAGGGUGAAUGGGGCAAAUGAUGUUAGUGAUAGGUCUGAACAGGAGGCACAAAGGCCGAAUGGGGCUAAUGUUAGUGAUGCCUCUGAACAGGAGGCACAUGAUACUAAUGUUGUGGGGGUGGGGAGAUCACAACGUAAUGGACAUCGUGGUGUCCUCAGCUUAGAACCUGCAACUAAAGAAAAAGAAACUCCAAGGAGCAGGGCACUUAGACGCAGGCAUGGACCGGUUAAGAUUAGAGAUGCUGAAGAUGUGGGUAUGGAAGCAUCAGCUGGCAUAUAUAACUCAGUGUCUAGUGCUGAAGUUAGAAAAGUGCAAGAAGAACUUAAGUCCAGUGUUUUGGCUCUACAAGCUGUAGUGACAGACCCACUUCCCUAUGCUUUGCGAGUGUCGGAAAUUGUAAGAUCUGAGUUGGGAAUGAAACCUGUGGAUCAUGUAAGUGAAGAAAAUGGAGGUGCAGCAAAUCCAUCUGUGGAAAGGAACUCUGAGCCUGAUCAAUCUAAUAAUGAUAAUCAUGGAAACCAGACCAGUCAUCAGAAUGAUGUUCCCCAACCUAGUGAAAAAGAAAAUGAUGGACCAAAUCUGUCUGUUGACAGGGGAAAGGGCAUGGAGUAUGUUGGAACGGGUGAUGUCAAUCCUGGAAAUCCAUCUUGCAGUUAUCAGAAUAAUAUUUCCCGAGCUGGCUUGAUGGAACGCAAUAGCACUGCCCAUACUUAUGAGUGGGAAGACUCACUAGGUAUGUCACCUGAACGAACAAAUAGUAAGGGGAGGCUUCACCUACCUAGUCCAAAAAGGAAUGCUGUUUCUCCACUGAAGAAGUAUGAGGAUAAAAGAUUUUCUAAGAGGAGAAAAGUUAAGAGAUGGAGCUUACAUGAAGAAGAUACGUUAAGGACUGGUGUGCAGAAGUAUGGCAGAGGCAAUUGGAAGUUGAUCUUAGAUGCAUACCGAGAUGUAUUUGUAGAGAGAACUGAGGUUGAUCUAAAGGACAAGUGGAGAAAUAUGACGAAGUAAAGGCACCUGUGAAUAGUCUGCUACUCGGUUGAUUUUGUUUGUAUAUAUGAUACACUGGUAGAGCUGUAUGUUAUAGUGCCCUUCACCAGAUACAGGUGUAGGGCCUUUUUCAGUAGUAUCUGUAAAUGUGUUCAUGAAAGGAUGUAUGUAUAGAUCGACAAAAUGUUCAAAGUUUACGCAUGUAAUGAAAUGAUGUCCACGACUUUAUAGCUUCAUUUGUAUU